AUGGGAGGCCUUAAACCCAUCGCAUACGAACGAAUCGAUCCCAUCGUCAACGCCGGCAUGGUCAGCAGCCACUUGCACGCCUUCAUGGGCGCAAGCAACGUCGACCAGAAUGCCAACUACGACCAGAACAGGAAUGCUCAGUGCACAUCUGUCCCGUUCCAGGACGUCGACAAGUCGUCCUACUGGGCUCCGCCGAUGCUGUACCAGGACCAAACGACGAAGACGUUCACAGUCAUGGAGCCUGUGUUCAACAUUUACUACUUUUUUGACCGCAAUGGUACUGGCGAGACGGUGCAGGCGUUCCCGCAAGGCUUGAGGAUGGUCGCUGGAAGCCCUACACGCGACACCUACAACGCCUCAAACUUCGCUGACCAGGCAAUCAGCUUCGUCUGCCUCGACUACAGCGGAACUGUCUCCAACAACCCCGCUUACGCUCAGCGCCAGGACAUCAACUUCCCCGACAUCAACAUGUGUCAGGACGGCAUCCGCCUCCAGGUCUUCUUCCCCCAGUGCUGGGAUGGCGUCAACCUCGACAGCUCCGACCACAAGUCACACAUGGCCUAUCCCGUCGACACCUACGACGGUGGCCACUGUCCCGAGUCGCACCCAGUCCACACCGUCGCGAUAUUCUACGAGCAGAUUGUGCCGGUCAGCAACUUCAACUACUGGGGCCAGGGAGCCUACGCCCUGUCCACCGGCGACCCGACUGGUCUGACGUACCACGCGGACUUCCUGAUGGGAUGGAAUCAGUCUGUGCUGCAGGACUCGGUCGACAACUGCCACAACAUGAAC